UCACACAGCGGCGACGGAAGUAGGAAUUGUUAGCUGCUGAUUAGCCACUUUUGCUACAGUAGUUAAAGAGAAUUCAUGUGUAGUAAGUGUAUUUCGUGGAAGAAUAAAAUAAAUCCCAUAAAGUGUAUUUUGGUGUCUUAUGGCUCUCGGUAAAUUUAACGGAGUGUUGUUAGCUUGAAUACAGUCGUGCAGCGUCACUGUGCAAUUAUCCAUUUUUAACUUCGAUCGUGUCAAAAUUUUAGUUCACAAUAUAUAAUUAUUAGUCAUAAUCAUGGCAACCGGUGCUGAUGUGAGAGACAUUCUGGAGUUGGCAGGAACGGACAAUGACGGUCCCAUCAGCAAGAAAGACCUCAUCAACUCAGACAAGAAAAAAACCAAGAAGGUAACUGAAACCCUGACCUUCAAGAGACCAGAGGGAAUGCACCGUGAAGUCUAUGCUCUGCUCUAUUCAGAUAAGAAAGAUGCACCUCCUCUACUGCCUAGUGACACGACUCAGGGCUACAGGACAGUUAAAGCUAAACUGGGCUGUAAAAAGGUUCGUCCUUGGAAGUGGAUGCCCUUCACCAAUCCAGCUCGCAGAGAUGGGGCCAUAUUCCACCACUGGAGACGUGCUGCAGAAGAAGGCAAAGACUACCCCUUUGCUCGCUUCAACAAGACGGUGCAGGUGCCGGUGUUUUCAGAGCAGGAGUAUCAGAUGCAUCUCCACGAUGAUGGUUGGACCAAAGCAGAGACGGACCACCUGUUUGACUUGUGCAAGCGCUUUGACCUACGCUUUAUAGUUGUCCAUGACCGUUACGACCACCAGCAAUACAGAAAGCGUUCAGUGGAAGACCUGAAGGAGCGAUAUUAUAAUAUCUGCGGAAAGUUGACAAAGGUCCGCGCUGCUUCAGGGACAGAGCCUAAAGUCUACAUAUUUGAUGCUGGCCACGAAAGACGCCGCAAAGAACAGCUGGAGAAACUCUUCAACCGCACACCUGAACAAGUGGCAGAAGAGGAAUAUCUCAUUCAGGAGCUUAGGAAAAUUGAGACACGAAAGAAGGAGCGGGAAAAGAAGGCCCAAGAUCUCCAGAAACUUAUCAAAGCAGCUGACACAACCACAGAACUGAGGCGCGCUGAAAAGAGAGUUUCCAAAAAGAAGAUUCCACAAAAACGAGAAACUGAAAAGCCGGCUGUUCCAGAGACAGCAGGCAUCAAAUUCCCAGACUCUAAAUCGUCAGGCGUUACGCUGCGCAGCCACAGGAUGAAAUUGCCAAGCUCGGUAGGCCAGAAGAAGAUCAAGGCUAUUGAGCAGAUCCUGAUAGAGCAAGGAGUGGAUCUCAACCCCAUGCCAACAGAAGAAAUAGUACAAAUGUUCAACGAGCUGCGUAGUGACCUUGUUCUGCUUUAUGAGCUGAAGCAGGCUCACAGCAACUGUGAGUAUGAACAACAGAUGCUGCGUCAUCGUUAUGAGGCCCUACUGAAGGCUGGAGGUGGAAGCGGGAGUGGUGGGACUCCAGGAGCUGUGAUACCUGCUGUUCCACCUGCUAUGCUGUUGGAUCAAAACAGCAUAGCAGCAUCUAAUCUUGGGGGUGAAGUGCAGUGUUGGUCCGGUGUAGACGACAUUAAGGUGGAAGCCAAGGAGCAGAUCAUUGACGUGGUAGGAGCGCCGCUGACCCCUAAUUCGCGCAAACGGAGAGAAUCGGCAUCCAGCUCUUCAUCGGUGAAGAAAGCAAAGAAGCCUUGAUGAGGGCGACAGACUGCCAGACAGUGGAGGAUAAGGGAUCUCGUUAGUAACUCUGGUCGCAGUGAAGAGGCCCUUAGGUUGGAAAAGAGACACACAGUGGAGCAGGGUGGCAUAUUGCUCUUCAUUGUUGUUUAUGUCACCUGCUAAGCAGUCCUGCCCCGAUCCAGAGUCCAGCCCACUAUCUUUGUGACAAAGGCAACAACUGAGUGACAUUUCAUUUCAUUACUGCUCGUCUCCCUGUCUCCACCGUUGCUCAGCCUCAGAUGAGCCAAGAUCAACUGUAAAUUGCCAGGCUCAGCUAAUCGGGACACAGGACGAGGGCGGGAAUGACUGAGUAAUUGAAAUGAAUUGGAAUGAAAGAACUCUGAGAGUGGGAGGAUCUUGAACUGCAAUGUUUAUUUGACCCAUCUGAUGGGGUUUGGGGGUUUUUAUGUGUAGUGUAAUCCUAGCAUAGUGUUUACUGGAAAUGUGUUUGUUAGCACGUAGUACCAACUCUGCAUCACUUCACUGUGUCUGUCAGCCUAGAGUGCAUCUCUUAGAUAGCACAUCCAUCUCCAUCCCAGUGCAUUACGUGGGCUCGUGGAGGUGAUUUGUGGCGUUUGUCCUGUCGUGGCGUUGAACAUUCUUUAGUUUUGAUAGAUUAAAAUGUGUUGUUUUGUGUGUGUUAUUUUCCAUGAGUUCUGAAUGUGUUUGCCUUCGUAGGGCUUUUCACAUUUUAAGCAUUUACUGCUUUUCAAGAUCUUGGCCUUGAUUAAUCUUGAGUAUACACAUUUGCUAUGAAAUUGAAGAAUCUUAAUAUUCCUACCUUACUUGUCAGCCCAGUUAAGUGAAAAGUAAUGGCUUCAUUAAUAUGAUAAUUAAGCAGUGAUCAUUCUUAUGUUGGCACAGCCAUACAAACUUCAUUAGGUUCCCUCAUAAUUUUGCUAAUUGCAUGUCAAUUAUCUCAUUUAGCCUAUUGAGACAUUAAUUUCUAUGCUAAUUUGGAUUGAGCCAGACUAAACUACUAUGAUUAGGGCCUACAGUGU